AUGUUCUCACUUGAGCGUACAAGCAUCGUACAAGUAGGCUUGGUCGUUGGUCGACGUGGAAGAGUACCGAACGUGGAUGGAGCUUUGCAGCAGAGCAUAUUGACGCUUUCGGACUACUUCAAAGAGCUUGCUGUUGCUGUUGAAAGGGCCUUGUCGAAACCGGGCCAGCAGGAACGCUUGUCAUGUGUACGUGUUGAAACUGAAGCCGGUGGUGUUCGGUGCGAGCUGAGACGGUGGCAGCAGACCGGCAUCGGCAUGUCGUUCCUGCUGAAAGCUUGCAAAAUGAUUGAAGAGCAUCCGGUCCUAGCUUGGAUGCUUGUGCUGGCAAAUGAUUCAAAUUUAUUUGAUGGGAUUGAUUUGUGCGCUUAAAUUGAAGUAAUUUUGAAUGAGUUCUGAAGGAGGCAUUACUUCAUAGGGUUUGCAUUAAAGCUACCGUACUGUAGAAAAUAUGAAAGGCACUUUAUGAUAUUAUGAAAUAGUUCCCAAAGGGAGGUAGAACAUUUAGAG